AUGUCUAUUCUCAUCACUGGUGCCGGUGGCUAUGUCGGACAGGAACUGGCAGCUUCGUUCCUUGCAAACACGCCAUCUUCAACAAGCGUGACAAUCACCGAUGUUGUCGAACCCAGCGUUCCUGAAGCGGCGAAAAAGUAUGCAAACCGCUUGAAAUGUGUUCGAGCGGACUUGACUUCUUCCAAAGAGGUGGACGAAUUGAUCAGCCCUUCUCGCCAAUAUGAGACUAUUUACUUGCUACAUGGCAUCAUGUCAAGUGGCUCCGAGGCCAACUUUGAGCUUGGUAUUCGAGUCAAUCUCGACUCUACACGAUACAUCCUCGACAGACUACGUGUUACUAUGCCUGGGGUGAAGGUAGUCUUCACAUCUUCGCUGGCAGUUUACGGCCUGGCACCGCCGGGCUUCCUCAUCGAUGAGACCAACUUUCCGCCCGUUCCUUCGUCUUCCUAUGGAUCACAGAAGCUCAUUGUUGAGACGCUCUUGAACGAUUACUCCCGACGCGGAUUCUUGGACGGCCGCUGCGUGCGACUACCAACAGUGACUGUUCGGGCCGGAGCACCCACUCAGGCUGCAAGCAGCUUUGCUAGUGAUAUAAUACGUGAGCCAUUCCAUGGCAAGAAGGCUAUUCUACCCGUAGGCAAGGACACUGAGAUGUGGAUAUGCUCGCCGCACACCAUCAUCAAGAACCUGAUCCACGCGCGCGAUAUACCUAAGGAAGCGUUCGGGGAGUCACGGUCAGUCAACCUUCCUGGGUUGAAGGUUAGUGUCCAAGAGAUGCUGGAUGCCUUGGAGGAAAUUGGUGGCAAGGAGCGACGGGCGUUGGUGGAGGAGAAGUAUGAUGCGGCUACCGACAAGAUCGUGCAGUCGUGGACUCCUCAGUUCUCGACUGAUCGUGCGUUCAAGCUUGGAUUUUCUGCAGAUAUCCCCGUGAUGGAGAAUAUUAGACAAUUUGCUAGUCGAUUUGUAUGA